GGGACAACCGGCAUUCGCAGACGCAAUGUUGUUGCCAGUACAUUCAACUUUACGCUCUACUGACAUUAAAUUGUAACAUUUAGGCUAUAGGCUACAUCGUUUGAUACUCUUGUAACGAACAGGAAUGUCUCGAAGUUAAACGACAACGCCAUAAAAGAAACCGAGGGAAAUGAGAAAAGGAAAGAAACACCAUCAAGGAAACACUAAUGGGAACAAAUCGACUAGUAAUGGGAACGAGAAAAAAGAACAUGGGUCCUGGAAGAAGAAAAAGCUGCUCGACAUCCACCAGGCGCUCACGAGUGACCCUGUGGACAUCGAGACACUGAGGAGGGCAGCCGUGAGUGAAGGGGGCCUAAUGACCGAUGACAUCAGGAGAAAAGUCUGGCCCAAACUCCUCAAUGUCAAUGUCUUCAACCUACCACCAAAACCUGGCAGAGAUGUCCGCGAGAACCACAAGGACUUCAACCAGGUGCUCCUGGACGUCAGGAGAUCAAUGCGGCGCUUCCCCAGAGGCAUGCGGGAGGCUGAGCGCGAGGUACUCCAGGAGCAGCUGAUCGACAUCAUCCUGGACGUGCUGCGGAGGAACCCCCAGCUCUACUACUACCAGGGCUACCACGACAUCGUGGUCACCUUCCUGCUGGUAGUGGGCGAGAGGCUGGCCAUCGCACUGGUGGAGACGCUCUCCAACCACCAUCUCAGGGAUUUCAUGGACCCCACCAUGGACAGCACGAAGCACAUCCUGAACUACUUGAUGCCCAUCCUGGAACAGGUGGACAGGGAGCUCCACGACUUUAUGUUGCGGGCUGAGGUCGGCACCAUCUUCGCCCUGAGCUGGCUGAUCACCUGGUACGGCCACGUCCUGAGCGACUUCCGCCACGUCCUGCGACUCUACGACUUCUUCCUGGCCUCACACCCCCUCAUGGCCAUCUACUUCGCAGCCACGAUUGUGCUGCACCGUGAGAAAGAGGUGAAGCGUAGCGAGUGUGACAUGGCCAUGGUCCACCACCUGCUGUCCAAGAUCCCCCAGGACCUGCCCUACGAGGAGCUCAUCCUGCAGGCCCAGCGCCUCUUCCACACCUACCCACCCGGCCUGCUGGCCAAGAGCGCCGCCCUGCAGUCCCGGAAGAGUAUUGCCAUCAGCACCUUCCAGGAUUUCCAGCUGACCACCCUGCGGCAGCGUCCGGACUCCGUCCUGCGUCGCCAGCGCCAGCGCCUUGGCAACAACGGUGACCUGGCAACGCGGGCCGGCGACGCCCUCGCCGUCACCCCCGCACGGCCUUCCACAGCCAAUCAGCUGGUCAAGAUGGCCGUCUGGGGGCUCUCCGCCACGCUGGGCGCCGCGGCUCUCGCCGUGGCCCAGACCGCCCUCGACUGGGGACCGGACUUCCUCCUCCAGCUCUUCUGAGGCGAAAUCACCAAGAUCCCAAAACAAACACUUUUCAGGAUGAACAAAGAACGUAGAAAACAGAUCACCAACAUCCCAAAACAAACACUUUUCAGGAAGAACAGAGCGUAGAACAAACACUUUUCAGGAUGAACAAAGAACCUAGAAAACGGAUCACCAAGAUCUCAAAGCAAACACUUUUCAGGAUGAACAGAACGUAGAGAACAGAUCACCAAAUCCACUAACAACACUUUUCAGGAACAGGGACAGAACAUGGAAAACAGAUUACCUACCCCACACGUACAUACUUUUAAGGAACAACAGACAAAGAAAACUUAACACUAAUCGCCAAACUCCCAAAACGAAAAGUAUUUCUAAGAAAGAGAAGAAAAAAGGGCCCAAAAGCAUCAGCCCCAAAAGGAUACUGUAAGCUACUCAUUGUGCCAAACUGUUAUAAACAGAAUUUUUGGGGGCUUUUUGGUCUUUAUUAUCACAGGACAAUGUGAGAGUAGACAGGAAACGAUUGGGAGAGACAGAUGGGGCAGGGCCAGGAAAUGACUCCGGUCAGAUUCGAACCGGGGUCCCUGUGGGCAAUGUAAGCCCAAAUGUGGGGGGCUUAGUGCGAUACACCACAGCGCCCCGCUGUUUAAACAGUUUCAUACCAUAAGUGACCUGAGAUGACUCGUACAUGUUCUAUCCAAAAAACUUUUUUUAAACCGUACUGUCACUCUCUCUGUCUCUUCCCAUACACACACAAUCUGCUCUGGAGUGAAGGGACCACAGUAUGAGAUGAGAUGAGUGCUAUGCUUAUGCUAACUCUUUCUCCCACGCUGGGCCCAUCAGCAUUUUGUGUGGUAGGUACUGCAGGCAGUGAGGUAGGAGGCCCCAUCCCAUCCCAUCUGGGCUGGGCUGGGGGAGAAAUAGGGCCCGGGCUUGGCUUAAAAGGGCCCCUCAUGAUUAGCGCCACAGAAUUGACUCACCGAUGGGCCCUGCACCCUUGUGGGCCCCUAUUUUCAGAAAUGUAUUAAAAAAAAAAACUAAAAAAAAAAGUUUUGUUUCACAUUUCUGAAAAUAGGGGCCCACGAAGGUGCAGGGCCCACUGGGAAAUGCCCGGUAUGCCAGUUGGCCAGUCCAGCCCUGCAUCCCAUCCAAUCCUUUCCCAUCCCAUCUCGCCCCACCCGCCCAGAAGCUCAUUCAUUCGCUGCACUGUAGCAGUGCUGCUGAGUGGGAGCGAUUAAAUCAAGAACGCUUGUUUGCCUGCAGUUCCCUCAGCUGUAACACCGUCAGUCGGGAGAGAUGGAGAAAGAGAGAGAGAGAGUGAGAGGAGGGAGGAGGGAGAGGGAGAACAUAGGGAGGAGAGAGAAAGGAGAGGGGGAGGAAAAUAAAAAAGCUAGAAAAUGCUAAGCCUGUCAAGUAGCUGCCUGAAGUUUGUAGAGAGCACCUUAUGUGUG